GGCCACACUCAAGGGCCUCAUAGGGCCCCAUGUUGAAUGAUGUAUGAUGUAUGUUGUAUGUUGUAUGAUGUAUGUUGUAUGUUGUGUGUUGUAUGAUGUAUGUUGUAUGUUGUAUGUUGUAUGAUGUAUGUUGUAUGUUGUAUGCGUGUGUCCUCCAGGGAGCAGCAGGGAGCGGGAGCGCUGUCCGUACGUCUUCAUGACCAGCUCCCAGACGGACCUGGAGGAGUGGGUGCGCACCCUGAGGAGAGCCAUCGGGACCCCCACCACGGGAGUGUUCGGUAAGAGUCUGGGGGACACGGUGACGUACGAGCGGCGCUUCGGGCCCCAGCUGGUCCCCAUCCUGGUGCAGAAGAGCGUGGAGUUCAUCCGGGAGCACGGCCUCGGCGAGGAGGGCAUCUUCCGCCUCCCGGGGCAGGACAACUCGGUGCGGCGGUUCAGGGACGCCUUCGACGCCGGGGAGAGGCCGUCCUUCCCCAGUGACACUGACGUCCACACGGUGGCAUCGUUGCUCAAACUGUACCUGCGGGAGCUGCCGGAACCCGUGGUUCCCUGGAGCCAAUACCAAGACUUCCUGAGCUGCACCUACAAGAUCGACCCCAGCACCACGGGCCUGGAGAGCUUGGAGAAACAGAUCGCCCUCAUUCCCAGGAUAAACUACAACCUGCUGGGUUACAUCUGCAGGUUCCUGUUCGAGGUGCAGCUGGAGUCCAAGGUGAACAAGAUGAGCGUGGAGAACCUGGCGACCGUGAUGGGAAUCAACCUGCUGAAGCCCCAGAUAGAGGACCCCAUCACCAUGAUGAAAGCCACUCCCCAGAUCCAGCGGCUGAUGACGCUGAUGAUCCGGCACCACGAGGAGCUCUUCCCCCCCGCCCGGGACCUCCCGCCCUCGCCCCCCGCCAGCAAGACCCGGAAGAAGAAGAGCAGCGCCCCCCGAAGCUUCGUGGGCUGGGAGGGGGCCGAGAUGGCCGACGCCUCGCUGUCCGAGUCCCCCGAGGAGGACGAGGACAACGACAGCGCGGAGGACGGCAGCCCCACCGAGCCCUUCCCCUCCCGCCUGGACCCCUCCGCCUCCAGCCCCCGCAAGCGCACCCAGACGCUGCCCAGCUUCCAGCAGCCCCCCCGGGGGGCCGCCAAGAAGGGGGAGGCCCUGAACCAGCGGAGCCGCACGCAGGACGUCCCGGAGGAGAGGAUGGGGACGCUGUCGGAGGACAUCUUCAAGAUCCUGGACCUCCACCGGGUGGCGCUGUUCGGGAGCAAGACGGAGCGGGAGGCGGGCCAGGAGGGCGGGGAUGUGAGACGGAGAGGAAGCCGGGGCUCCGCCUCUUCCCCCAAAUCCCCGAGAGUCCCCCGGGCGUCUGAAGACCCCUCAGCACCUGCUGAACCACAGAGCCCCCAGGCCUCCAGCGGCUCAGGUCCUGGUCCUGGUCCUGGUCCUGGUCCUGGUCCUGGUCCUGGUCCUGGUCCUGGUCCUGGUCCUGACCCUGGUCCUGGUCCUGGUCCUGGUCCUGACCCUGGUUCUGCUAGUCCAGGUCCUGGUCUUACUCCUGCUCCUAGUCCAGGUCCUGGUCUUGGCUCCAGCCAGCCAGAGAGCCAACAGACCCUCCAGCAGAUCAUUGAGAGCCUGCAGCAGAGGAACGCUGAGCUGACCUCCACCGUGACCCAGCUGACCUCCUCCCUGGAAGAAGAGCGCCGCCGUGUGGCCGCCCUGGAGGCGUGUCUGAGGAGCGCUGGCCGCAGCCACGACCACCCCCCCCCCGACCUGAACACAAUACUGUGACACAUCACCCAGCGGCCAUCUUGGAUGGGCAUCUCGGGCAGCCAUCUUGGAUGGCCAUCUCGGGCGGCCAUCUUGGAUGGCCAUCUCGGGCGGCCAUCUCGGUGCUCAACGGUAACUGGGUGGAGGAAAUCAAAGCAGAACACAUCCAGUUAGCUCCACCCAGCUCCACGUAGAACCAAGAUGGCCGCCUGUCAGGGAUGGCUCGUUCUCACGGGAACCUGAACGCCGUUCUUUAGAACACAAUUACAAUUAGAAUUAGGGCAUUUAGCAGACGCUUUUAUCCAAAGCGACUGACAUCGGUUAAUACACACAUUGACACACCGACAGUGAGUCAACCAUGCAAGGCGACAGCCAGCUCGUCAGGAGCAGUUAGGGUUAAGUGUCUUGCUCAGGGACACAUCAACACUCAGCUAGGAGGAGCUGGGGAUCGAACUAGCAACUAGCUCUACCUCCUGAGCUAAGCCCGACCCCUCAACACGGUUGCUGAGUUACGAGUGCGUGUAAGGCCUGUAUUGCCCAAUGUUUAUCAUGUUAUUUUUAUUAUUAUGUUAAGAGAUUCACAUUGAGGACCACCGCUGUUUUAUCACCUUGCUCACAGACAGACUAUGCUUUUCCUCAGCAUCUUAAAAUAUUUUAGUAUCGAAUGUAUCAAAAUUACAGUAUCGAAUGUCAAGUAAUUUAAAAUGUUUUGUGCCAUGAAUAAAGUUCAACAAACCUCUUUAACCACUGAAAGCUGCGGGAUCCAUGUCCACAUACUGGGCUGCCCUCUCCCAGGUCCUCAUAAGACGUACCAGUGUUGGUGUGGGGGGUCAAAGGUGGAAUGGCGUUCUGUGAUGUCAUGUUAUUGUUUCUUCUAGUAGAGUACAGUUCCUGUCUGGGAGCGGCUGAGCGAGUCAUAACGAACACUCCUGGAAGACCACUAGGAGAAAUAGGCAAUAUGUUCUGUCAACUGAUGUAAGUAGUAGUCAUAACCCUAACCCUAACCCUACAUGAUGUGAGCGAGGCUGUGAGGGAAACAGAAGGCCACAUGGCCAGAGAGGAAAACAACAGGGGAAGAGGAGGGAAAACCAGAGAUAAGAGGAUUGUCCGAGAACCGUCGUGGAAAUAGUCGGGAUGCCUUCACCACCUAAGGCAAAGAACAGACAACCCUAUGGUCCCAUUGUGUGUGGUAGCCAUACACACUCAAAGACACACACAAAGACACACACACACACACACACACGAGAUAGCUGCUCGUCCGUUCAGUUUGUGGGUGAGUGUGAGCGUGAGUGUGAGUGUGUCUGUGUGUGUAUGUGUGUGUGUGUCUGUGUGCGUGCGUGCGUGCAUACAUGUGUGUGUGUGUGUGUGUGUGUGUGUGUGAGUGUCAGCAUGAGUGUAUGUUUGUGUGUGAAUGUGUAUGUUUGUGUUUGCGUGUGUGUCUGUGGUUGUGUGUGUGUGUGCGUGCGGUGUGUGUGUGUG